AUGGAGCUGAGAGUCCCCAGGAGGCGGGGGGCCCAGGAGCCUGUAGCCUCCUUCCUCCGGGACCCGAGCACAGGGCGCAUCUACAGGCGGGGGCGACUGCUGGGCACGGGAGCCUUUGGCAGAUGCUACAAACUGACCGACAUGUCGACCAAUAGAGUCUUUGCCCUCAAGGUGGUGCCCCGGGGAAGACUCAGUGGGCUGGACCAGUGGGGGAAGAGGGGGCCGCCUUCUCCACGGCAGGUGGAACGAGAGAUUGAGCUCCAUAGCCAGCUGAGGCACCGUAACGUGGUUGGCUUCCACGGGCACUUUGCUGACCGGGACAAUGUCUAUUUGGUGCUAGAGUACUGCAGCCGAAAGUCCUUGGCCCAUGUCCUAAAGGCCCGGAAGACCCUAACUGAGCCCGAGGUCCGCUACUACCUACGGGGCAUUGCAGCUGGCCUGCGAUACCUCCACCAGCAGGGUGUCAUCCACCGAGACCUCAAACUCAGUAAUUUCUUCAUUACUAAGAACAUGGAGGUGAAGGUUGGAGACUUGGGAUUGGCUACAAAAGUGGGACCUGGGGGGCACUGCCAUGGGGGGCUCUGUGGGACUCCCAACUACCUGGCCCCAGAGGUUGUCUCACGAAAGGGCCACUCCUUCCGGUCAGACAUCUGGGCUCUUGGCUGUAUCAUGUACACAGCACUGACGGGCUUCCCCCCCUUCAAGGCCAGCCCACUGCCUGAAAUGUAUCAGAACAUCCGCGAUGCCCACUAUCCUGUGCCCACUCACCUCUCACCCAAUGCCCGAAGGCUCAUUGCCCGCUUGCUGGCCCCCAACCCCGCUGACCGGCCCAGCCUUGACCAGGUCCUGGAAGAUGACUUCUUCACCCAGGGCUUCACCCCAGACCAAUUGCCACCGAGGUCCUGCCACACAGCACCCAUCUUCACCAUCCCCCAGCCCUUGGACAAGCUCUUUCAGAAGGCCACGCAACUGUUCCUGGCUGUGGCCCAGCGCCGGGCCCCACGAUCAUUUGUCCGAAAGAUGCCAACAGCCCCAGCCCCAGAGGACCCCCUGAAGACUCCCAGGGAGGCAGCCACUGAGGGCCUUUCUCAUCCUCUCCACAAAGCUGAAACUCCUGAGGGAGAAACUGAUCCCCAAGUACCCUACCUGGAGACCCCUAUCCACCUACUCCUGCGGAGAAGCCUUAGGGGUCACCGGCCGGGCACAGAAGAGUCCCCAGGGAUCCCAGGUGAUGGAGUUGAAGUGGCUACCAGGCUCCUGAAGAAUUGCCUGGACUUUAUGCCAGAAGGGGAGCAGGACCCCCCUGGGCAGCAGCAGCCGGUACUGUGGGCCACCAAGUGGGUGGAUUAUUCUAACAAGUACGGCUUUGGCUACGAGCUCUCUGACGGUAGCACCGGGGUCCUUCUCCGGGAUGGCACCCACAUCGCUCUCCAGCCGGCACUGGGGUGCAUAAGCUACUCUCCGGUUCGGGGUGAGGUGGUGACCUUUACAUGGAGAGACAUUCCUGACUCUUUGGCCACCAAAGUGGCAGUGCUCCGGCUCUUCACCCGCUACAUGCAGCGGUGGUUAGAGGGUGGGAAUCCUCCUACACAGCCCAGUCUGAACCCUGGCCCUGGCUUCUCCCUGCUCCACUUCCUCAAGUCAGACCAGGCCCUGCUCCUGCUCUUCAGCGAUCAGACAAUGCAGGUCAACUUCUACCAUGACCACACCAAACUGCUCCUGAAUUGGGCUGGAGAAGAACCCCUGCUCACCUACAUCAACCAGGAGCGGCAGGCCACCUCACAUCCACUGGGCAUCCUGCAGUGCCAAGGCUGCAGUGAGGCCCUGCGUCAGCGCCUCUGCUACACCCUCCACCUGCUCCAGAACUUCUAGCGCCCUUUCCUUGACCCUCUGGGGUGCCAGGGGGAGGAGGCAGGAGUCUGCAGGGUGGCCACCUAAACCCCAAUGAUGAGAAGCCAGAAAAGCUGUAUGAGGAAAGACUGAAAGUAGGGAAGCUUUGGUGACUCCAGGACUAAGGGAGCAAAGGGCACAGGAGGGACAGAGGGUCAUUGGUAGGUUGGGUUGGGAUGGGGGAUCCAGGGAGAAAUGGAAACUAGAAGGUUUGAGGAGAGGUGGCUUGGACACUGGAAAGAGGAUGAAGGCAGAGUUUAGAGUGGGCCAGGUGUAAAGAAAAUUCAAGAGAAUUCUCUGGAAGCUUUGGAGACUUUCUCGGCCAACGCCAUUUAUAAUAGAUGGGGACCCUGAGUCCCAGAGGAGGGAAGGAACUUAGCCAAGGACAUAGAGAGCGGAAGACCCAGGACUAGAACCCAGGGCUUCUCACUCUCAGUCCAAUGCCCUAUUCUCUACCCCAUGCUGCCAACUUCCAGGAAGACCAGCAGUUAUUGAGGCUGGAGCGAGAGCCAAAAGAAUGGGCAGAAGCAAAGACAAGUGGCAGGAGAGCUGGAGCAGCUUCCUUGGCCACCAUGGACCCACUGAGGUCAGGGCUGGGGUCGGCCCAAUACCAAGAUUGGGCUGGGAAAAAAAAAAACCCAAUAUGACAUUUAACAGGCAUAAAUACAAAGCUCUGCUCUUGGGUUCAAAAAAUUAACUACACAAGAACAAGAUGGGAGAGAUGCAGCCAGGAAGAUCAUGUAAAAAGGAUCUGGGGGUUUCAGUGGACCACAAGGUCUGUACGAAGCAACACAGACAUUACAGCCCCCAAAGCUUGGUACAAUCUUGGGUUGUAUAAAAGGGAAAAGAGCAUUAAGAAGGAAGAAGACAGAGACACGCUGCCCUCUGCCCCUGGUCAGACAUCUAGAGGACAAUGUUCAGAUUUAGGAAGGACAUUGGUAAGUUGGAGCGCAUCUGAAGGAUUGACAGCACAGUGAGGGGCCUGGAAAUUGUGCCAUACCAGAUCAGCUGAAGGAACUUGGGGGUGUUAGCCUGGAGGAGAAAAGACACGGGCAGGGGGGGAUGGGAGAGACAUGACAUUUUGGGUUUUUCCCCAAAUAUCUGAAGGUUUGUCAUGUGGAAGAGGAAUGAUUUCCCUUGUUUCACACUUGUUCUGCCUGACUCUGGACAGCAAAACUGAGAGCACUGAAUGGAAGUUGUGGGAAAGAAAUUUAGGAAAGAUCUGUCCCACAAAGAAAGGGACUGCCCUGGGGGUAGGGGGCACCCUGCCUCUGGAGGUCUUCAAACUGCCAUUUGUUGGGAAUGUCAUCAUAGAUACAUAUUG